UUGGACACUUACCUAACUGCAAGAGUGGGGUCGACGAAUGUGUUUCAGCCCUGGUAGGAGUGUCAUUAAUGUAUGGAUGCGCCGCUUGUGGGAACAGGGUUAUUUGCAGGAUAGGGGCAUCGAUAAUAAAUCCCGGGAGAGUAUGGGCAUCGAUAAUAAAUCCUGCCAGAGCGGCUUUGGCCCGGCUGAGGAGGCGGCGCUGCAGCGACACGCGGCGAUUCCCGACUAAUGAAGGCCAUCGCCGGCACGGCCGUUGCCGGGCGACGGGCGGCGCGGCCGGGCCCGGCCCGGGGCUCUUUCCCGGCCUUCUCUGCCGGGCCGUUUUUCCCGAGGCUCUUUCCCGGGGCUUGGCGGCGGCCGAGGGUGCUGCGAGGCCGCAACGAGACACCUCCACCAUGUCGCGGGGAGGCGCCGCGGACGGCGGGCGGCAGUUAUUUGUGAAGCCAUUUCAGGAUGAGCUACAGGAAGCAAUUUUGGGUUAUGCAACAAGCAAGGAAACAGAUGAAUAUUCAGAUGACUUUGAAAGUGAUGAAGAUGGCAUGUUAAAUGGUAUUAGGAAAGAACUUGCUGAAAGUAAUUCAGAUUCUACAAGCACUGAGAAAUCUGUUGCUGGGAGUCCUCUAUUGAAUGAUGAUGCUUCCCAAAAAGCAGUAGAUUCAGAAAAUGAAGCUCCUGAUGACUUGAAUUUAUCCUGUCAUGAAAAGAGGCUUCAGCAAAUAAUGGUUUUAGAAGGUGAAAACAUACAGAAUGACAGAAAAGAUGGUGAAGAAGGAUGUUUGGAAGGCCAACAUGAGGAUAAUAACAGAAAAUAUAAUGAAGAGCAUUCGGCUGCUGAAGAUGUAUUGCAUGAUAAUAGUGAAAGUGAUGACUUGCCUAUUAAUGAGCUACAUAAAAAAGAAAAUCAAGAGGAAAACCAACCAAAAGCAAAGCCUCGGAUGCACAAAAAAGGAAAGGCUUCAGCAUCAGAUCAAGAUCAGAAGACUGUCAGCACCAGCGACUUGAAACUGGAGGACAGUGGUAGGAAAUCCUCUUCUGUGACACAGCAAAUGAGGACCACAGUCUAUGAGAAAACAAAGGAAUUAGAGCAGCCAACAGCUGACAGUUCAGAUGGAAUGAUGAAAAUAGUGGAAAGGCAAAUAGUAACUGAUACAAUGCAGGAGGUAUCAGUGAAUGAUCAAUCUGAGCAUGGGAAGGCAAAGAACAUGUCAAAGAGCUCUGUCAAGAAACUAAGUGAAACAAAGGAGAGAGUUCUACAAAACCCAAAUGCUUCUUUAUCUGACAGGUCUACAUCUUUUGUGCAUUUAAAGAAAAAGGGGAAAGCUGUUCCAUCAACUUCACCUGUUUCAUCUCAGUAUCUGGGAUCGUUAAAGGUGUUGGAGGAUAAAUGCAUGCUGAAGAAAAGUCCAGAAUUGAACAAAGUAGAUGAUUUAAGGGCAGCUGUUUUUCAGAACUGGUUGGAAAAGAAAAAGCUCCUUCUACUGGAAUUAAAGAGAACUGAAAAGGAGAAAGCUGAAAUUCUAAGGAACAACACUGAAAAGAAAGAAGCACUUAAAAGAGAAGAAUCAAUUGCAUGUUUUGAAGCCUGGAAAAAAAAGAAGGAGAAAGAAGCAAAGAAGUUAAGUGAAAAAAAGAAGCUUGGUGAACUUGAGGAAAAGACACCAGCAGAACAGAAUAAGGAAAAAACAGAAGCAGCACAAGCGGCAUUCAAAAAAUGGAAAGAAAGAAAAGUGGAAUUUUUAAGAGAGCAAAGCAGGAAGGAAAAACAGUCUGAAAGAAUGAGGAAGAAGAUAGAAGAGGACCUAGUUGCAGAGAAGAGGAGAGUCAGUGUAUCAGCAAUUGAAAAAUGGAAUAAAAAGAAGGAAGAAUAUAUAAGGAAGAAGAAAGUAGAAAAAUUCCUGGAGAGAAGAAAGCGACAAAUGCAGCAGGCAAAGAAGGAAGAAAAAAGUGAAAAGGCUAUGGAGGAGUAUGAAAGAUGGCUGGAAAACAAAAUUAGGAGAGAACACCUUGAGAAGAUCCAAAAGAAGUUUCAGGCUGUCCAUGGGAAUGAAAUGAGUCCUCCCUGGAGGCCACCUGGCAAAGUCACAUAUUCUAGUAAUUACUGAGCAGAUUAUUGCCUUCCAGAAGAACAAUGUACAAAGUCCUGUCAAUAACCAGUCACUCUUUUGUUACUAGUUGAUUUUCAUGGAAUCCUUUAUAGGUGUUACAUUCUUUCUUUUUAGUUUAUUUUAUCUCUGCAAUUUAAAUAAACCUGUUGCUCAUUUUCAUUGCUUUAGAAAAUGUAAUAAUUGUUCUAAUUCUGUAUUUAACUUAGUUUUGCUAAAUUCCAUGUUAUUUCAUACCUUUUUGGUGAAAAUGUAUGUCCAGGAUACAUAAGGCUAGACUCUGGCAUUUUUUUCAUCCGAUAAGUAGAAGAAUGGUUAUUUUUAAUUUAUUAGACCACACUAUUGAGGAGUUAAGUCUUGAAGAAAUUAUUUGAGGAGGCAGUGGGAUGGGGAUGAUGGGCAAGGAGAUGUUGGCUCUCUUGUGGUGGUUGAAGACAAAAGGCUAAGAAGUAUGGAAAGAGAAUGUAAUUUUCAUACAUUAAGAUACCAGAUACAGCAAAAAUAAGAUUAUGUUACAUUAUGAAAUAUAAAUAUAGCUCUUAAAUUAAAACUGCAUCUAGCAGAAGCAAGAUUUCAUGGGGCAAAAAAUGGUCAACCAGGUGGUGGUACAGAAGAAUUUAACUGGAAUCCAUAUAGUGUAAAAUGAUCUAGGACCAAGUAAGAAUGUAGCUGUUAAUUCCACUUUAGGUCUUCAUAUACAUUCCAUAGAUUUCCUGCCAUUAUAGGAAUACAGGAAGCAGCAGUUUUAAAGGCAUGUGCACAGAAAAUCUUAUAUCAGAACUGCAAGGACGGAACAGUGGCAUGCUUAUAACGCAGCCUUAGAAACAGAAAAUUAUUUUUUCAGAACGUAAUUUAAAGACUUCUGUGGUUGCUUUUUAUGAUCAAGUAAAUCCUCCCCAAACACAUUUUCAUUACUACUAAUGAUGUAGCUGCUGUAGUAAAUUACUAAAAUGCCUUCUUUUAUUUUCCUUUUGUUUUUUUGGCUAUUUGCCUCACUAUUUUGGAAGCAAUGGCAAGACUAUGUGUUUUUAGAGAUCUUCAAAUCCCUUGUUUGCCUGCUGUCUAAACUAAGCUGUUACUUGUGGUUUUGUUUUCUUAUUUGAAUUUGCAUAAUCAGUUCAGAUGUGCUCCUCAAAUAUUUAUUCUUUUCAACAAAAGAAAGCAACACCAGCAUCACCAACAAAGAAGUAAAAAAAACCCCAUAGUCUUUAAUUUAUUGAUAUAUUUUCUCAAAUGAAAAUCUUGCUCCUGUUUAGACUGGCAGCCUCCUUCAGAAGUAAAAGAAGCAUUUGAGAAGUGGACUUGUCUUUUUCACUAGACUUCUGUCCUCUUCAUAAAUCUCUGAGAUAGUCCUUCAUUCUGAUUUCAUGUAACACUGGGGCAUCUCCUCAGAAGAGAAAACCACAAGUCAGGCAAACAGAUGAAUUUCUUUAGUUUCCUGAUGUUUCUUGCUUGUGUUUUUACAUUUUAGUGAGAGCCACUGAGGAUUUAGAGCAGUUUGUUUGGGCCAUAAUGGUUUCUAUUACCAGAGUGCUGUUGAAGUGAAAUUUUGUUGCUGGUAUGUAUGUGCAAGGGAAAUCAGAAUGGUAUCUGUUCUGUCUCAAUGUUCAAUACGGUUCUGUUCUUUAUUGUUAGUCUGAACUCUACUCUGUGAAUUCCCAAUUCAGACCUUUUGCAAAGUUUAUGACAGGCAUAAGCAGGUGCUAGAAAGCAAAAAGCUAAGAUACAUUUGUUAGAACAGUAGGUAAUUACUGUCAUUAUCUUAGUUCAUAUCAAUAAACAAAAGUAGAGGGAGGCUUGCAAAAUGUACAGUAUUUAUGUUGCAUAUGGUCUACUGACAGUGUCAAGAAGUAUUUGCUAACCUUGAGAAUAAUGGUGAAGGUUCACCAUCAGUUGUGCUGGAUUUGUGUACAGCCAAAUCAUCUGACAGGUCAGAUUUGAUCCAUUGGGAGGAGUCCUUGCAGAUCUAAAACAGCUUCUAGGUGAUGAAGUAAUUUUAUUGCAGGAUCAGGUUUGAGUAUAUUGCCUGGUAUUUUACCUUGCAUGGCUCAACUUCCAGUUGCCUUUCAUGCAUCUUGCUCGUGGUAGCCCUGGUACACACUGGGGUUUUUUAGUAGGUCUCUGCCGGUUCUGCGUCUUCCUUUUAGUUCUGUUUCUUCCUCAAAAGAUGAUUGUACUGGACCUGGAUUUUAUUCUUUUAUUUGUUUCUAGCCUUCUGUCACUGGGCUGCUCCUCCAUAAAUAUGUGGAUAGAACUGUGUUUUCCGCUGAAGAGUCUGAAGAGAAGCCAGGGACUUUAAUGGCACCCAUCCUUUGAUUAUAUACAGUCUGCAGGUAAUGCACCCUUGAUCUCUUCCAGUGGACCCUAAUGACAAUAGUGACCUUUUUGCCACAUCUGUGAGACUCGUGUUUGUACUGAGUCACCUCUGGAGUGCUGAACUUCUGGGUAGGGCAGUAUUCCUACAGGUUUUUGCUAAGCUCAUCUUCUGUCAUUUGGGAGGAGGAGGAGAUUGGUCAAGAAGGUGAGGGGGGCAGGAGAGGGACUGGAGCUUUCAGAAGCGCCCUGAGGCCUGCAGUCUGCUCUUGCAGAGUCCCUGGAGUCUGGUUGUGUUCCUAGGACCUUUGUGGUUCUUUCAGGCAGACUACAGCAGUACCCACACAGUGCAGUGUUGCAGUGCAUUGCAUUACCAUAGAAGUUCCCAGUUAAGGGAUUCUGCACAUUAGCUUUUUGCAAAGAUCCAGUAAAUCCAGAUUUUUAUCUGUAAUAAACCAGUCUGUAGCACAGAUACUGCAGAUAAGUGAAUACAGGGCUUUCAUAAGCUCCAGGUCUGGCUCUGGCUGUUCCCUUGUGGUAGGUCAGGCAUUUUUCCCAGCAGUAGUGGCAUCACAGUGACAGUAUUGGCAUCCAAAGAGAAAGAAUCUACUGCUAACAGAAACUUUAAAGAAGCUGAAAAGAUGCCCAGCCAGAGCAGCUUCAGUGGCCCACGUAAGAGGUAAAAUAACAGAUGGCAGCAGGAGAGACGGGAACUGCAUUACCAGCAGAAUGCAACAGAAUUGCCAAUUCAAAAGUGGCACACUCUGAUUUUAUGAGAAAAAGACUGAAUUUCUUCAUGCCUUUAGAUUGGGGUAGUGGUGUUCAUUGUUAGUGCUCUGGGCUUUUAGCACUUGGAGCCUUGAAUUUGGGUUUAGUCUGUGAAGAAACUCCAACUACAGUAUCAUGGGGGGAUGAAAUUUGUGUCAGGCACCAGAGUUUACUGUGCAACAGACCUGGAGAGUCUGAGACAAGCCAGCCUGUGAGGCGAUCAUCUGGACCUUUAUUUUUGCAGUGUCCAGCUAGAGGAAGCAAGGAAGGUCCCUCUGCUGACAGGCUGUACUUGAGGACUUCAAAUGAAAAGUGUGGUAGAAUUAGUGGCAGAGAUAGAAAAGAGUUUGUCAGAUGCCUGUUCCUGAACUGAAUGCUGCAUCCUUUAAGCCUUUAUAUAACUGUAGAAGGUUUUGACAGAAGGCAGAAGUGAGAGGGUGUUGGGGACAUCUUUCAGAAGAAUGCGCAGUAAUUCACAUAAAUGCACAACUUUUCAAUUAGGAAAACAUGCUGAAGUCUGUAGAGAAGGGAAAACAGUUGACAUGUACAACUUUUCUAAUAGAAUUUGGGGGGUUAUAUCUAAUGUUAAACUGUAGAAACUUGAACAUGUUACAGCAUGACACAAAUGUCAUCGAAGAAUUAGAGCUGAGAAAUAUAAACAUAUGUACAGUAAUGUAUAAGAAUGUACAUCUAUCUGUAUAGAUCCUAUCUGUAUGUUUAUUCAUGACAGAGGGAAAAUAUUUUGUAUUUAAUAAAGUAUAUUACAUUUUGUAUUUAAUAAAGUAUACUAGCCUCAAUGUUUUCAUCAGA